UAAAAAAACUAAGUGAUAAGGUUUAAAACAUAAGUAAAGUAAAACAACAAUGGGGUAUUGAAGGCCAUAAAGAAAGGCACAGCUGUAAAGUCUUGAAUGUUUUAGAAACUAGCAAUGUGGGUGUACAUGUGGGUGUCUUUGUUAAUUUUUUUAUUUUUAAGCUUCAUUUUGAAAUAAUUUUAGCUUACAAGAAGUUGUAAAAAUAGUACAGUGAAUUCCCAUAAGCCCUUUAUCCAGUAUCCCUCAAUGAUAACAUCUUACAUAGCCAUAGUAUAUUAUCAAAACCAGGAACUGGACAGUGGUAGAAUACCAUUAACUGCUGUUUUACCUAGAUAACAGACAUUCUAGAAUUACCCUGAGAGUUCACUUGGCAAAUAACCAUGCAAAACAGUCAUGGAACCGGCAGCUUUUCAAGUAUCUUAUUUACAUUCAGGUUUGGUGAUGUACAUCAAAAGAAGUGAGAAGUUGAACAAAGAAGCAAAGGGUAAUAAUUGGACUUUGUUGUCAAAGCCAGCUCUUCAGAAUUUCCUCCUGAUCCUCCUCUGACAGACAUUUCCAUGUUCCCCAAGUAGCCAACCAGAAGUUUCAUGGAAUAGCAGAUUACUCGUCCUGUUUGUAUAUUUGAUCAGAAAUUGGAUGAACCUCCGGGAUGCUGAGACAGGGAAGAUACUAUGGCAAGGAACAGAAGACCUGUCGGUCCCCGGUGUGGAGCAUGAAGCCCGUGUUCCCAAGAAAAUCCUCAAGUGCAAGGCAGUGUCUCGAGAAUUGAACUUCUCUUCAGCAGAGCAAAUGGAAAAAUUCCGCCUGGAGCAAAAAGUUUACUUCAAAGGGCAAUGCCUAGAAGAAUGGUUCUUCGAGUUUGGCUUUGUGAUCCCUAACUCCACAAACACCUGGCAGUCCCUGAUAGAGGCAGCGCCCGAGUCCCAGAUGAUGCCUGCCAGCGUGCUAACUGGGAAUGUUAUCAUAGAGACAAAGUUUUUUGACGACGAUCUUCUUGUAAGCACAUCCAGAGUGAGACUUUUCUACGUUUGAGAGAAGAAUGUGUGUGCAUUUCAAGAAUUUGGGGUUUGGGGGGGAAAGGAGGAAACUGUUUACUUUUUUCCUCCACACAUUUGGUUUUUGACACUUUCACCCCUAAUUCCCUCUAUGGCAAAACCCACCUGCAGCCACCAGGGGACCAGUUCUGUGUAGGUAACCAGAUGGCUGUUUCCUCCCAAGCUGCCAUCUUCCACUGACCAGACUAAACUCCCAACCCCAGACCAGGGUAGAAGGCGAGCCUUGAGUCCUUCCCACGGUGACACAGGGACAAACGCUUACCACGAGAGUGGAUGCUCUUCCCACCCCCUCCCUGCCUCCUCCUUGGGCCCUGCAGGCAACACAUCUUCCUUUGGCCCCUGGUUUUGGAAAAAUUCAUAUUCCUGACUUAUGUUUAGUUUUUUUCCUACCAUUUCUAUUUCAUACAUUCUCAUACGCCUAACUUGUAAAAUAGACUGAUAUUAUUAUUACAUAAUGAAUUAAAACAUAUGAAUUAAAAUAUUCCUA